AUGUGUUGUGUUGCUCAAUCCCAUUUGCCAAUCAGAGAAAAUGCGACUAAAGAAAGCUCAACUAAAAUGAAUCAUGAAACUCGUUCAUCAAUGAUUGCUCAACUGGAUAGUUUGCAGCGAUUAAGAGAAGUGGGCUGGUAUUGGGGUCCAUUGAGUUGGCUCGAUGCUGAACGUUUACUUACAGAUAAACAAGACUAUUCAUUCAUUGUUCGAGAUAGUAAUCAUCGUCAUUAUUUUCUGGCAAUUACAUUCAAAUCUCAAGGCAAUAUUCAUCAUACGCGUAUUGAACAUAGUAACAAUUCGUUUGGUUUCUAUCAGAGUACAACGAAAUCGCAAUGUACAUCAUCUGACGUGGUGGAAUUUAUCGAGAGCAUCAUUGAACAUUCGAAUUCGGGUCAAUUUAUGUUUUUCAUUCGAUCAAAUGUGCCUGGUCAACCAAUGAUUCCUGUUCGGCUAUUAUAUCCAGUAUCGCGUCAUACUUAUAUGGCAUCAUUAAAACAUAUCACCCGGUUCUUUAUUCAUCGACAAAUACGUCGUGAUCGUAUAGAUGAUCUCGACCUUCCCGUACGAUUAAAAGCCUUUCUAAAAGAACCACAAAUCUAUACGGAAUACCUUCCGCAUGCAGACACAUAA